AUGCGGGGAAGGGGAUUCCGGGCAGAGGGCGCGGGCUUCUCUCCUGCGGUGCAGCGAGAAGGGGGACAGAUGCAGCGGGGCAAAAACUGGGACCUGACAGCUGCUCUAAGUGACUAUGAACAGCUCCGACAGGUGCACACAGCCAACCUGCCACAUGUGUUCAAUGAAGGGAGGUGCCCCAAGCAGCCAGAGCGAGAGCCGCCGCAGCCCGGGCACAAGGUGGAGCGGCCCUGCCUGCAGAGGCAGGACGACAUUGCUCAAGAAAAGCGACUUUCCCGGGGGAUCUCCCACGCCAGCUCAGCCAUCGUCUCCCUGGCCCGGUCCCACGUGGCGAACGAGUGCAACAACGAGCAGUUUCCCCUGGAGAUGCCAAUCUACACUUUCCAGUUGCCAGACCUGAGCGUGUACAGUGAGGACUUCAGGAGCUUCAUUGAACGGGACUUGAUCGAGCAGGCAACGAUGGUAGCUUUGGAGCAGGCAGGUCGCCUGAACUGGUGGUCCACUGUGUGCACAAGCUGUAAACGGCUUCUUCCUCUGGCCACGACAGGGGACGGGAACUGCCUUUUACAUGCCGCCUCACUGGGAAUGUGGGGCUUUCAUGACCGGGACCUGGUUUUGCGGAAAGCACUCUACACCAUGAUGAGGACAGGGGCUGAAAGGGAAGCCCUGAAGCGGAGGUGGAGGUGGCAGCAGACGCAGCAGAAUAAGGAGUCCGGGCUGGUGUACACGGAGGAAGAGUGGGAGCGCGAGUGGACGGAGCUGCUGAAGCUGGCCUCCAGCGAGCCGCGCACGCACCUCAGCAAGAACGGCGGCACCGGCGGCGGCGUGGACAACUCUGAGGACCCAGUGUACGAGAGCCUGGAAGAGUUCCAUGUUUUUGUCUUAGCCCAUAUAUUAAGAAGACCGAUCGUUGUGGUGGCCGAUACGAUGUUAAGAGACUCAGGUGGAGAAGCAUUCGCGCCCAUCCCGUUUGGAGGGAUUUACCUGCCCUUGGAGGUCCCUCCCAAUAGAUGCCACUGCUCACCUCUGGUCCUAGCCUACGAUCAAGCGCACUUCUCUGCCCUCGUGUCCAUGGAGCAGAGAGACCAGCAACGAGAACAAGCUGUGAUCCCCUUGACAGACUCCGAGCACAAGCUGCUGCCUCUGCACUUUGCAGUGGACCCAGGGAAGGACUGGGAGUGGGGGAAAGACGACAACGAUAACGCGCGGCUGGCCCACUUCAUCCUGUCACUAGAAGCCAAGUUGAACCUUCUGCACAGCUACAUGAAUGUGACAUGGAUCCGGAUCCCCUCAGAGACACGGGCGCCCCUGGCGCAGCCAGAGUCACCGACGGCCUCAGUGGAGGAAGACGUGCAGUCCCUGACCGACUCGCUGGACUCGGACCAUGACUCGGUGUGCAGCAAUUCAAACAGCAAUAACGGCAAGAAUGGCAAGCACAAGGAGAAGCAGCGCAAGGAGAAGGACAAGACGCGUGCGGACUCCGUGGUCAACAAGCUGGGCAGCUUCAGCAAGACUCUGGGCAUCAAGCUGAAGAAAAACAUGGGGGGCCUCGGUGGCCUGGUACACGGCAAGAUGGGCCGCGCCAACUCCACCAACGGCAAGAACGGCGACACAGCAGAACGCGGCAAGGAGAAGAAGGCCAAAUCGCGCAAAGGCAGCAAGGAGGAGUCGGGUGCGUCGGCGAGCACGUCGCCAUCAGAGAAAACCACGCCGUCUCCCACGGACAAGGCGGCGGGAGCGUCUCCGGCUGAGAAGGGCGGCGGGCCACGGGGCGACUCCUGGAAGUACAGCACGGACGUGAAGCUGAGCCUCAACAUCCUGCGCGCCGCCAUGCAGGGAGAGCGCAAGUUCAUCUUCGCCGGCCUGUUACUCACCAGCCACCGGCACCAGUUCCACGAGGAGAUGAUCGGCUACUACCUGACCAGCGCGCAGGAGCGCUUCAGCGCCGAGCAAGAGCAGAGGCGCCGCGACGCCGCCUGGCAAAUAUUGAAGACGACUCAUCAUAUGGAUAAUUGGAGUUCUUGA